AUGGAAGACGAGAAUAAUGUUAUUGUUAUAGAUAACGGUUCAAGUACUAUCAGAGCUGGUUUUGCUGGCGAUGAUUGUCCAAGGUCGGUAUUUCCAACAGUAGUUGGCGUUCCAAAGACAUUAAUAAAGAUGAUAGGUUGUGGUACAAGAGAGAGUUAUGUAGGAGAAGAAGCAAUAUCCAGAAUGAGUGUUCUUCAUAUAACACACCCAAUACACGAUGGCAAAGUUGUCAAUUAUGAUGACUUACGUUCCAUAUGGCACCACACAUUUUACAAUGAAUUGCGAGUAAAUCCCGAAGAGCGGAGUGUUAUUCUCACAGAAGAUUUUGAGUUAUCGUAUAAAGUACGUGAACAAAUGAGUCAAUAUGUUUUCGAAGAGUUUGAAGUCCCGUCUCUUUUAUUUGGCCGACCAAGUGUAAUGGCGAUGUUUGCGUCAGGCCGACCGUCUGGUAUUGUUGUUAUGAGUGGGGAGAGUACUUUUAGAGUGGAGCCAAUAUAUGAAGGGUUUACUAUGAAAAGAUGUGGGCUAAGAACUUCUGUAGCUGGGAAUAGUAUUUCAGAAACAAUGAAAAAGUUACUCUCAAGACGAACGUACACCUUUAAAACUACAGAAGACAUGGAAGUCUUAAAUGACAUUCAAAAUAAGUUUUGUUACUGUGCAUUGAAUUAUGAAGAAGAGGAGAAGAAGAAUUUGAGUGAAAUUGAGAAGGAAUAUGAACUUCCGGAUUAUUCAGUUAUUAAAAUUGGAAAAGAAAGAUUUGAAGCGACUGAAGCAAUUUUUAGACCUGCGGACUUUGGAAUCGAAUCAAUGCCAAUGCAAAAGUACAUUGUUGAUGCUAUUAAUAAGUGUGAUAUAUACAGUAGAAGGGACUUUAAUAGUAACAUCAUCGUCGCCGGAGGUAACACUAUGUAUCCCGGGUUUGCAGAGAGACUAGAAAAUGAAGUGAAGGCGUUAUCACCACAAAACUCGCGAGUUAGAGUUGUUGCACCAGAAGAAAGAAUUUACUCUGCUUGGAUUGGAGGGUCUAUUGUUGGAUCUUUGUCUUCUUCUGAAAAUAUGUUUGUAACUAAAGAGGAGUAUAAUGAGUGUGGUCCACAAAUUGUUAACAUGAAGUCUCAGUCAUAG